CGGGGCAUGCGCGGCUCCGCGCGCGGCUUCUCAAAUAUGGCGGCGGCGGUGUGAAGACCGGUACCGGCUCGCGGGACCAGUGUCACAAUUUCGCUCCUUUCGCUGACGAGACUCGAAGGAAAGAAUACCGGAAAUGGAUAUCAGGGGGCAAACAGAGAAUGAAGAUCCAAUGGAUGACAAGAAGGAGAAUCAAGAGAAAGUGCCUGACUCAGGCACACCUUCUGUGCAGAGUGAUGAGUUCCACUGGGAAAAUUACUUGAAAGAGACUGGAUCUUUGGGUGCUCCUUCAGAGUGCUUCAGACAGUCUAAGGUUCCACCAGCUAAUGAAUUCAAAGUUGGCAUGAAAUUGGAAGCCCAUGACCCUCGCAAUAUGACUUCAAUAUGUGUAGCCACGGUCGUCGGAAUUACUGGUGCCAGGCUACGUUUAAGACUGGAUGGUAGUGACAACAGAAAUGAUUUUUGGAGGCUUGUUGAUUCUCCAGACAUACAGCCUAUUGGGACAUGUGAAAAGGAAGGGGACUUACUUCAGCCUCCACUGGGAUACCAGAUGAAUGCGUCAUCUUGGCCAAUGUUCCUGUUAAGAACCCUGAAUGGAUCUGAAAUGGCACCUGCAACAUUGUUUAAGAAGGAACCACCAAAGCCACCUCUAAAUAAUUUCAAAGUGGGAAUGAAGCUUGAGGCCAUAGAUAAAAAGAACCCUUAUAUGAUCUGCCCUGCAACGAUUGGAGAUGUCAAAGGAGAUGAAAUUUACAUCACAUUUGAUGGCUGGAGUGGAGCUUUUGAUUAUUGGUGCAAGUACGAUUGUCGAGAUAUUUUCCCAGUUGGGUGGUGUCGCCUGACAGGAGAUGUAUUACAACCACCAGGAACUCAAGGCAUUGACAACAAGGUUUCCCUGAUAUCCCAUCCAUUGAUAGAAGAGGGCCAGGAGCACCCUCAGGCCCUGGAAAGAGAAGUGCCCAUUACAAAGAGUAUAGCAAAAACACAGUCUUCUCUUCCCAAAGCGGCCCCACAUUCAAUGCCGUCUCCACAGAAAACUGCUAUAAUAUUACCAACGCAGCAGAUCAGGAAAUCAAGUCGGAUUAAAACACCUCUCCAUACUUCAGCCCCCAAAAAGGGAAAUUCUGCCAAAAAUACCACACCAAGGAAAAAAGCCCCCAAAAAGGAAAAAUAUUUUCCUGUUUUGUGUUCUACAUCUUCAGCUUCUAUAAAUUCCCUGAUCAGAGAUCGUCGUGCUUAUAAUAGGGAUGCCACUCCUGGAACAUCUAAAAUAGUGAUGUCUACAGUCUGUGUCUAUGUAAACAAACAUGGAAACUCUGGUCCUCACCUGGAUCAGAAGAAAAUCCAGCAACUGCCUGACCACUUUGGUCCAGGCCCAGUGAAUGUGGUGCUCCGGAGGACUGUGCAGGCCUGUGUGGAUUGUGCCUUUCAAAGCAAGACUGUUUUUGGAUUUCUUAAGCCAGAUCAUCGUGGAGGAGAAGUGAUAACUGCCUCCUUUGAUGGGGAGACUCAUUCUGUCCAGCUCCCUCCAGUGAAUAGUGCAUCAUUUGCCCUUCGCUUUCUUGAGACCUUGUGCCACAGCCUGCAGUGUGAUAACCUUUUGAGUAGCCAGCCCUUUAGCUCUUACAGAGGUAAUACUCAGAGUCCUACAGAGCUUGAUAAAAGUGUACCAGUAAAAGAAGACAUAACAGAAAAGAAAAGCCCCAAACGGCCUUCUCAGGAACCUUUACCUUAUGUUGUUCCUGUGUCACCUAAGUUCCCCAAAACAAAGGUGCAUGCUUCUACAGAAGAAUCAUUGUCUUCUGAAGGAAAUGGCAUGCCCAAGGAGGAGAAGCUUCCUGAAGAUUCCAAAAGCCCACCACUAAGUCCAGCAAGUUCUGUAACUCCUGACAGCAGAAAUCCUGUAAGCGCUCAUACUGCAGUCUCCAGGGAUUUUUCUCCAAGUGCGCCAGGCCCCUCAAGUUCAGCACUGGUGGGAACUAAAUCUACCAAGAGCAGUCAACAUGAAGUUAAAUUCCAAACGCAGAAGAAAAGUGAAGCUCCAAGUUAUAUAGCUGUACCUGAUCCCAGUGUCCUGAAACAAGGCUUCUCUAAGGACCCUUCAACCUGGUCUGUGGAUGAAGUGAUACAGUUUAUGAAACAUAAAGAUCCUCAAAUAUCAGGCCCCCUCGCCGACCUCUUCAGGCAACAUGAAAUUGAUGGGAAGGCUCUGCUACUCCUCAAGAGUGAGGUGAUGAUGAAGUACAUGGGGCUGAAGCUGGGCCCGGCAUUAAAGUUGUGUUACUACAUUGAAAAACUUAAAGAAGGAAAAUACAACUAAAACAAAAUUGUAUGUUGAGAUUGGACACAAUUCUCAGUUGUCCUCGUAACUUUUAAUUUAAAAAUGUUUUUAUUCUCCUAGCAGCUUUUGUUUGGUAGACAGUUCCUCUAAAAGUAUGUAUAUCCAGAAUCGCAAAACAACGUUAUAGUUCACUCUACUUUAAAAACCAUUUAACGUUAGUAGUAGUAUAUUCAAAUUGGGAGUUCUUUAUGUCUUUUUCUUAUUUUACAGUUGAAAAUUUAUCAUUUUAUUGCACAGUUUACAAAUUUAUUUCAUGCUGGAAACAGAGAAACACCUUUGAUUUCAGUUAAUGUUUAUAUAUAGAACCAAAACAGCUGAAUCCCAAAGGGGAAAGUAUCAGGGACUGACAAGUUCUCUCAUAAAAUCCAUGAGUUUUCCUUAGAAGAGAAUUUAAAGAUGCAACUGCAGACAUUAUCUUUCUCCCAAUAUUUUAUGUCUGUUACUGCCAUUUUGUUUGUGUUCUGCCAGUUUCCAGAAAGGGAAAGCCAUAUAAAUUAUUUUCCUUUUGUUAUUAUUUCUCUGUAUGUUGUAUUUGUUCAUAUUUAAAGAAAAAAAGCAACCUUAUAAGCUUUCAUAAAGUGUUCUUAAUCAGUUUUUGAUAAAUUUUGAACAAUUAUAGGAUACAUAGAAUGGUUGUUUUAUGCAGGAGAUAUUAUACUACAAGGGUGGUUUGGAUGGAGUCAGGUUAAUUUUUUUUUCAAUAAUAUACCUAUUAUUUUAAAACGUUACAUAUUUUCGCUAAGCGUAGACAUUUAACUGGGCAUUCAUUCCUCACAUCUCUAUAUGAAGACACCUGUGCCCAAAUUUUUAUAAGAUAUAUAUUUUAUUGUCUGUGUUUAUUCCUCAUAUGGAUACUAUACCAUAUUUAUAUAUUAUUCUAUACCUGUAGGUAUACGAACAAGUAAAUCUCUUCUUUUUGAAUUUAAUAUGGCACUUUGUACUGCCACAGAGGUGAUGGUGAACUAUUUAUAUAGUUAGAGGUUUUUAUUCUAUAAAAAAUAUGUGCAUCAUUUGCUAUCACUAUUACCUCUCAGCUUUGUCUUCAGGGGAUAAGAAACAAUCCGUAGGUUGGUUUUCACACAGGGAAGUUCUCUGUCCUAUGCAAUGUUUCUAGUGAAUUUGCUUAGCUCUGAGCCAUUUAUUCUGCUACAUUUUGGAAGAUAUUUGAUUCUGACUUCUCAUUUUGGCCUUUAUUUUUAAAGUUAGAACUUUAAAGGGGAAAUGGUGCUAUAUGUUUAUUGUAAUUACUUUGUACAACUUUGGUGUAAUGUUUAUAAGCUAUGAGAAUCUGUGCUAAAAGUCUUAGCCAUUUGUUGUAAAUGCCAAUAAAAUAUACACCAGGGGCAUGAAUGUACAUUUUCUUUCUCAGAAAACCAAAUGUACUUUAUAUAAGAAUGCAACUAUUUAAAGGGUGAUUUUAUCUAUGUUAUUCCUUUUGUGUUAUAAGACAGAAUUCUAAUUUAAACCUGGUUUUUCUUCAAAUUGUUUGUGUGAAGAUGCCGGUGCCCGGUUGAACAGUCCUCAGGUGUGUUUGUAUGAAUACUAUGUUUUACAGUUUUCAGAUUUAAAAAUUUAAUAAAGUUUAAAAAACACAAUAA